UCGUCUUUCGGCGCUGUAUAACUUUCUUUUGGAAUCUCUGAAUUCUUUCAAAUUAUCAAAGGCGUGUUUUUGUUAAUACACUCACUUUCGUUUCUUUUUGAAUAAUAUUUCAUUUAGAAAAAUUGUUAUUUUAAUAAUUUAAGUGUUCGAAAAAAAUUAUUUUCUGUGCUUUUCAAGGAAAAAAAGUACAAGAAUUUUAUUGAAAGGAUGUUUGUGGAAAGAUUCGUUAAAAAGAUAUUCUCGAAAAAAAGAAACCAAACAUGAAGACUGUAGAACUUUCAAUGACGGAUGUACUGCUAGUUUGAUUUUCGGGGGGAAAUAUGUAGAAUUUUGCAAACAGAAAAAAAAGAAAGUGUGUUAUGUUGUGAUAAUUCAUUGACGACUGCUCUGAAUUGGAUUAAUAUGGAAUCUCGUUGGAGCUUGAGAAGAAUAUUCCGAUCUUCUUACAAUAAUCGCCAUGAGACGAAGAUUUCAUCAUGGCUUCCGCCAGUGGAAUCGUGGGAUUCUGGAGGAACAGGACUGCCAUAUGGUUGGGAAGCAGCCAUUGACAAAGAAGGAAAAACAUAUUACGUCAAUCAUAUGAACAAGACCACCACCUAUGAGAACCCUCGCAAAGACGGAGAUGAAGAACCCCCUCAGCCGAGAGAAGUGGAGUUGGUUAGGGAUCCUCAGAUGGGUUUCGGAUUUGUUGCCGGCAGCGAGAAACCUGUCAUCGUCAGAUUCGUAACGGAAGGUGGUCCUAACGAAAAUAAAUUGAUGCCUGGUGACCAGAUAAUGAAAAUCAACGGGGAAGAUGUGAUGCGAUCGCCCCGGGAACAUGUCAUCGAACUAAUCAGGUCCUGCAAGCAGACUGUGACAUUACUUGUAUGCCAGCCUCAUACAAAUAACACAACUAGAAAAUCAGCUUUAUUAACUGCUGCCAAAAAAGCAAAACUAAAAAAUAAUCCAUCCAGAGUAAGGUUUUCAGAAGGUGUAGUCAUCAAUGGAUCGCCUUUAUACUCUCCAUCUCCAAUGGAUUCUUAUGUUCCUUUUCUACCAAAUGUCCUGAAAGUAUUCUUGGAAAAUGGUCAAACUAAGUCUUUUAAGUAUGACAGUACAACGACAGUUCAGGAUGUCCUGAAUUCCCUUAAUGAAAAGCUGUCCUUGAAGUGUCCAGAUCACUUUAGCCUUGCUACGGAGCAUGUUAAAAUCACUCGUAAGAACAGGUUAACUGUUCUAGAUCCAAAAGAUACACUAGCCAAGAUUGCAGCCCGGCCAGGCGCACAUCAUCUCCGCUGUGUUUUCCGUGUCACUUUUGUUCCUAAAGAUGCAUAUGAUCUUCUGCAGAAAGAUCCUGUAGCUUUUGAAUACCUAUAUGUGCAAUGUUGCAACGAUGUAGUACAAGAAAGGUUUGCUCCGGAAUUGAAAUAUGAUAUUGCAUUACGUCUUGCUGCCCUUCACAUCCAACAGCAUUGUCUCAGCAGUGGUAUGCAAGGAAAGAUUACAAUUAAAGCAGUAGAGCGAGAAUGUGGACUUGAUAGAUUUGUUCCAGUAUCACUUCUGGAUACUAUGAAAAGAAAAGAACUGAGGAAACUGUUGGGACAUUUCUUAAAACAAAACCAGUCUCUCUGUGCUCCUGGGCAGAAAAAUCUCACAGCCUUACAAGCUAAGCUACAUUAUUUGAAGAUCAUUAGUGAACUUCCCAGCUAUGGCUCCAAGUGCUUUUCUACUAAUUUAAGAGAUUCUAAUCCUGAGGUGGCCUUGCUAGUUAGUCCAAGAUUUGGUUUGAGCCAAAUUGCCUGUUUAAGAAAUACAAGUCCUGUUACUCUUGCACGAAUUGAAGAGUUAUCAGAUGUGAAAGUUACUAAAGAGGAUGAAAUUUCAUCUGCUGUCGAAAUUUUUAUGAAAGAUCCAGACAGACAGACUCUAAAUUUCAGCAUGGAAGACAGAGAUGCAGAAGAAUUUAUUUUGUUAUUAAAAGGCUAUUUUCGACUUUUGGCUGGAAAAGAAUUAACAGUCCACUGGGAUUUCCAAAGUUCAUGGCAAGCUGAAACAGUGCCAUGUUUCCACAACAGACAUACAGUCCGAGAAGCUCCAUGGAGCUACCCACCACAUCCUAAUGGGCCUGGUCUGAGAAUGCUUGAUCUUGCUGUGCCUCCACCGCCUUAUGUCCCAGCUGAGAGUCGACAGCUACCUAGAAAUCCUUCCAAGGAAAAACUUGCAGUACCUUCAACACCAUCACCUACAUCGGUUGAUCAUAACAUGAAUGAAACACUAGUAGCUAGUGAUCAAAACCAUGAAGAAGGUAAUAUGACAAACAUUCAUUUGAAAGAUGAUGUGAGGAGGACUAUUCCACAUCGAUCUAGAAUUGAUGAAUGUCAUCCUGGAAUUGACUACCAAAGUGUUAUAUCCAUGGAGCUGUUGGAGGACAGCUCUGGUGAUAUUGAUGUGGACAUUUAUGAAGCCAAGAAUGAUGAAGUUAUAAAGCGUAUUUCAGAAAUGAACCAAAUCCUAGUAAAUGUAGAAUCGUAUUUAUCUGAGAAAAACAUGCCUUCUAUGCAAGCUUCUGAAUUUGAUGAUGAGCAGUCAAAUUUAAAAGCUACUGACUCACUUCUGUUGCUAACUCAAAAUCAAAAUGAUAGUGAUGAUAAUGAACUGGAGGAUAAAAAAGAGAUAACUGUUGAUGAAGAUGUUUCGCCAUCGGAAAGUGACACAGACAGUACUCCGAAUGAUAGUCCUCUUCAUCGUUCCGUUCCUUUGCGAAAUUCAAUCAAUUCAGGGCAUCCUAUGCUCAGAAGAGAUUCCAGUUUUGGACUUCAUAGCCCAGAUUUGCUACCAAAUAUCAGUUCUGGUAACAACAUUUUGGAUAUCUUAAAACACAUGCAGAGUGAAGAAAUACAGCUUCCUUUUGCAGAAGGAACUUUGUAUCUUGAUCCUGAUAUAAUUGAUUUGACUAUGAUUCCACCACCUAUCACACCAGAUACAGAAUCACAAGAUAUCACAGGAUCUCCUUUAGAUGCUCCCCCUACACCUUUCUUAGAUACUGGAACAUUGCAUAAAGAAUUAGAAAAGUGGAUGAGUAUACCAACACAGAUUGCAGAAGAAAUUGAAGGAGAAAUAACACCUACCAAUACACCAAGUGCCAGCAGUUCUGGCAAAGGACUGAGUCUAUGCUCUCAAGAGAAUAAGAGACAAGAAAAUUCUACGGCCUCAGUCGACCUUAGUCAUCUUCAUGAUGCAUUCAAUUCAUUACUCUUAGACUCAUCUGCUGCUGAAAAUCCUGGUGUUGAUAUAAAAAUAGAUAGUAUUGAUUCUUUCAUUGCAAAUCUGACUGUACCUCCACCUCCAGGCCAUAAAUCUUUAGAAGCUAACGUUUCUAAUGAAGAUUUGUCGGCAUAUAUUAUACCUCCACCACCAAGCUCAAGUCCUAGUACUGAAGCACAAAAUGAAGUUAUUGCUAGAUUUAUGGCUGCAGCUGAAGACAUGAAACGAAUGUUUGAAAAGGAUCUCGACCCUGAAGUGUCCCAAAAUAGUUUUAGAGAGCUUCAGCAAUUCUGGUCUGAGAUCAAAUCAAAUGAUCAAAGAAAUAACAGUGGCAGUAGCAAUAGUAACUUUCUUCUAGGUCUUAAUCAAAUUGAAACUUUAAACAGCACUGGUGAUUUAGGGUCCCACAGUGGAGACUCGUCGGGUUAUGACACAUUGACAUCAUCUCUUACAUCAUAUAGUGAUACUGUUGUUAGCGAUGAAACAGAUGCUUUGUUGAAUAGUCCAUCUUUUCCUAACAGUAGUGAUUCUACUCCUACUUUUGAACAAACUCCUACAAGUAUAUCAAUUUUACAUAAUGGUAACAAUGGAGUGCCAGUAGCUCCUCGUCUGAGGACUUCUUGUGUGGAUGAUAUUACUUCACCUCUGUCCAUCACAUCGCCGUCUUCCACAACCAGUUCUGACAGCUCAGUUAUUUUAUUAGAUGGUGCUAGUUUAGACCCUUCUGAAAAUUCCAGAAAAUUCUCAAUGAAUGAUUUUUCUCCUUCAAACAAUGCAUGUCAAACAGGAUCAGGAAGUUGUGAUAAUUUAGUAUGGAAAGAAGGACAAGACAUGCUUAGUCCUGGACAUUCUGGUAUAGUUCGUUCAGUUUCCUGGACAAGUAUAGCUGACGUAGAUAGUUCUAAAUCUAAUGCAUAUGAAAAGACUGUAGUGCCUACAAGGCAAAAACCUCCAAUUUUUCCACACAAUUUUCAUCAGGUAUGUUUUCUCCUUAUUGUCUAAUUUAAAAUUUUUAGUCUAUAUGUAUGUAUGUAAUAAGUUAGAAUGAGUGAAGAUAUAAACACUUCAACCAUAGCCGAAGUUAUAAAUGGUAUUCAAACACAUAAUUACAUAGUUGCAAUCAAAUAUAGUAAUCAUGAUGAUUCAACAUAUUUUGUUUCUGGACAAAACAAUUCUUUAAGACGCACAUUACCAUUUUAAAUCACGUAUCGUAAGGGGCACAAUCUGAAUCCUUCUUCAUCACAUUUCGUGCCGUUUUACAUGACGAUUAUCACAUUACUAUUGAUGAAAUGUAAAGCCAAUCGAUGACGAGUUAUUUGGAAGUAAGCAAACACUAAGAAUCUAACUUAUUCAAAAGAAAACCUGCAAGAGAAGUCAAAUGGUUAUGGUUUGUAAUAUUAGUUUCGAUUUUGAAUCAUCGUGAUUGGCUAAAACUUUUAUAUAGGUACCUGAAGAGUUAUAUAAGAUAAUAUAGCAUGGAUUAAUUUGGAAAUGACGCAGUUUAGAGAGAUUUAUUUUAAGCAGUUUCUAUUUUCAGAACAUAAAGAGGAAAUAGCCAAAUUAAAAUGGAGAACUAAGGGAACCUUGCAAAUUAAAACUACACACAUCUAUUUGAACUUGUUCUUUCGUAAUUUUUGUAAUUUACGACUUAGUCUACUUUAUAUAUAUAUAUUGAUAUAUUGAUGUAGCUCUAAAGAGAUUCGCAAUUAGAAGCAACGUGUUUUUCAGUUCCUCUCAUAAAGUGGCCUCUUUCUUCACUUGAGUCUAUCUUCAUUGCAAAAUCCUGCAGUUUUUUAACAAUCCUUUUAACUUUUUGCAUGCAAAAUCUUUAUGAUGCAUGCUUUAUCUUCUUUUUCAGUACCACUGCUUUUGCUGUUGUUAUAAGAAAUUCAGUUAUUCAUUCAUCAUUUUUCGAUUAAUUCUUUAACUUCUCCUUCUCCCAUACCUGUUGCAAACUGACAUUUUUUGCUCCAUUUCAAAUAAUGGAAAUCCUUUAAAAUUGUUAAAUAUUUGCAUAAGUCGCCUGUAGUAACGGCAACCGCCGGCAAUAAAAGGAGGUGCUUUCCUUAGUGGCACCGCAGUGAGUCCCGGGCGCUGCGAUCACGAAAGCUGGAGGCAGUGUCUAAACAUAGCUCCGAAAUUUUUUAAAUAACUGUUUCAGUAAAUAUUUUCAACUCUCUAAAAAAGUUUAAUGCACCUUUCCUAUGCAAUGUCUCAUUCAUCAAAUUGAAAAAGGAA